AUGUUUCACAAGGGAGAGAAAUCCUUCAGAUGUGAGGUGUGGGAGGUACCUUUCACUGAAUUCUCUGAGCUCCUGGCACACCAGAGGAUUCAUACAGGGGAGAAACAAUUCAUGUGUGAAGCGUGUAAUAAGUGCUUUGCAUUCCCUUUCACUCAGUCAUCGACCCUCCGUGCACAUCAAUGUCUGCACACUGGCGAGAAGCCAUUCAAGUGUUCAGUGUGUAAUAAGUGCUUUGCACGGUCAUCGGGCCUGGUGAGUCACAGCCACAUUCACACUAUAGAGAAACAGUUCGCAUGUGAGGUGUGUGGCAAGUCAUUCCUACGGUCAUUGAGCCUUUUUGUCAUCUUCAACCCUCCUUGUACACAAGCAGAUCCGUACAGGCCAAAACCGUUCAAGCGUAAACUGUGUAACAAAUCAUUCUCACAGUUAUCAUCUCUCCGCAGACACCAAUGUGUUCAUUCAGUGGAGAAAUCAAUAGUCUGA